AUGGCAGGAGUUCCACCAGGCUCACUGGAGAAGCUGCUCCACCAAAGCGACGAGAACGACUUCACCAUCACCUGCAAAAACAAGGCGUUCAAGGUCGAGAAGGCUGUCAUUUCUGCAGGCUCAUGGUUCUUCUGGGCUGGUUGUAACUUGUCGUUCAGGGAGAAGAUGGAGAACCGGCUUGACCUGCCUGAGGAGCAUGAGGACGUCGUCGCUCGUGUGCUCUUGUUUCUGUACACGGGGGACUACGAGGACCUGCAGAUUCCGCGCUUCAGUACCGAGCUCCUUCCAGCUGCUGCAUCAUCGACCACAAGCUCUUCCAACGAUCCCCUGAUCGCUCCGUCUCCAAGAGGACUUGUAGCACCGCUCACGCCAGAGGACGACAAUACUCCAGAGGAUCAUUGGAUGAAGAAUUGUCCGGGGUUCACUCUCAGCCAAAUGCAGCGUUUCGGAAGCGAGGAACGUGAAGAAAUGCGUGCGAGAGUGGAGUCGAUGAAGCCAGCGGCCAACCCGGCAAAGCAACGAAAGCUGGUGCAAGCCCUGGAGAAGAAUACUCAAGUUUACAUCUGCGCCGACAAGCUCCAAAUGGUUAAGCUGAAGGAGUGUGCGGCGGACAAAUUCAAGAAGAGACUGUGGGCAAUUGCUGACGCCAAGGACGCCUACCCAGCCGUUCGACUCGCAUUGGAAGGCACACGCGAGGAAGACACGGUCCUGUGCAACGAGGCCCUGAGAUACUGUAUUCGCCAUCACGAACGCAUCGAGGUUUUUCCCAAGUUUCUCGCUUUCUUGCACGACACCGUCUCGUCCGCGUGGACGAUUGGAGUUGAGUUGCAACGCAAGAAUGACGACCUGCAGCAGAGUCUCGGGCAGAAGCUGAAGCUUUUGGGUAAAGAGAAGCAUAGGGCUGAGGUACUCAAGGCGCAGGCAGACGACGAAUUGGACAGCGUGGUGCAGUUGGUCAAUGGGACGAAGUUCAUGUCGGGCAAGAGAUGCACAAAUGCGGAAAUGAAGCUCGAAUUGCAUACCAAUAGCCUGGGGACGAAGCAGUAUCAGCUGACCUGCGAGUGCUGCAACAAGCAGCAGCUGGGGGUUUAUAUCACGGUCGCGAGAUUCGGAGAUUCGUGA